AUGGCUGGCUUCGAGGUCUCCAGCGGCCUGUCCCACUACCAGCAGCUGGGCGUGGCCCGUACCGCUACAGCACACGAAGUGCGGCGCGCCUAUCUGGAACUGGCACGUCAGUUGCAUCCGGACAAAUGCUCUGCGCCGGAUGCAGCCUUGCGCUUCAUCCGCAUCAACGAGGCGUGGGAGACCCUCUCAAAGACCCAUGCACGGCGCGCCUACGACCUCUAUCUGGACACAGCGUUCUCGCAGGCACCGCAACUACGUAUGCCGAGUCAGGCAGCAAGGACGACCUCGACGGUUUGUAGCUCUCUCAGCCAGCUCUUGGAGAUGACGGAGGACCGCAACAGUGCGAAGAUCACGGAGCUGCGACGCGAGUGCGAGCGUUGGGGCGUGAAGUUCCCCACUGGAUCUUUGGAACGACCCGAGCUCUUGAAGUUCGUCUUUCACGCGGUGCGAGGCGAGCUGGAUGCGCGUGUGAAGUCGCAGGAGUGGCACCGCGUGAGCAAGGACGACUUGGUGGCAUGGCUCAGCAUGAUGGGGUGCUCGCAGUAUGCCCUGACGUGCGAGACCAUGAACAAGGAACGGCUGAUCCUCCUCGCGCGUGAUCUGGUGGCCAAGGGUGCAACUUGGAGCACUCCGUUUCGUGGUGUCGCGGCCACACGCCCAAGCUGCCCACAGGAGGGUCAAGCCCCAUCCCCCAGAGGGUCGGGUCCGUCGGACGUGCGUCCACAGGCUGCACAGGAGGCAAGACCAGCAAGCAACACUUGCAGUGGAGCCUCCAAGAUACCCAAACCCAAGAGAAAGGCUGCGGCGAGCAAGCGCCGGUUCACUCAGGCCUACGGCUUUGGGCGAACCUUGCUGGAGGCCUUCCGGCGGCAGAGGCCCGUACCUCCCGAGGCAACGACGACGAAGGCGACGAGGACGGAAGCGCCCAAGGCGAAGACCAGGAGUUUCACUUCGUCCAGGCAGAAGCCGAAGAGACAGGCGGAGGCCAAGGCCAAGGCUGACAGAUCAAGGACGCCGCGUGCGCCGUCGACGGCCUCGGCGAGGCGUGUACCGACGCCGCAAAGAAGAGCCUCCAAAGAAGCUGCUGUGGAGCGGCCAAAGCUCCAAAAGAAACCGUGUUGCGUGGUGUCCAGCUCUUCGACCAGCUCUUCCUCCAGCUCUUCAAGCACCUCCACCUCGAGCCCUCCGCGCUCGCCACCCGUGAGCCGUCCGAAGGCGAAGCCGAAGGCGAAGGCGAAGCGGAAGACGUCGACGACGCAGAGAAGAUUGAGGAGCUUCGCUUUGACUUGCAGGCGAUCCGCCUGGCGGCCAUGGCGGAUCACCCCAAGGCCCUGGCCACCUUACUGGAACUUGAGACGCUGGAGCAACAGGGGAGGAUCGCGCCCAAAGAGCGUCGCAGGCUGCUGA